UUUAAAGACUGAACCUGUCAGUGAUGUGAGCCACUGCUUUUCAGGAGCUCAGCUGGACUGUGAUCUCACCAUGUCUAUCCACUGUCAACUGCUAAUACUGAUACUUGCUCUGACUCUUGAUGGCCAAGUUCAUACAGGGGAAAUCAUUGGAGGUCAGGAGGCUGUGCCACAUAGCAGACCCUACAUGGUGCUUUUGGAGCAGCGCAUGCAGGAUGGUACCAGAAAAAACUGCGGUGGCUUCCUUCUGAAUGAGGAUUUUGUGAUGACUGCAGCCCACUGCCAAGCUAGUUCUUACACAGUCUUACUAGGACUUCACAAUUUCCAUAACAGUAAUGAAUUACAGCGUAUAUCUGUGGAGCAAGCAUUUCCACAUAAAGACUACAAUAAAAUUGAUUUGAACAAUGACAUCAUGCUUCUCAAGUUGAGCUCCAAGGCAAAAUUUAGCAAAAAUGUGCAACCCAUUGCUCUCGCAGGCCGAGGUGAUGGCUCUCUGCCAAAAUCAUGUAUAGUGUCCGGCUGGGGAAGAACAGACGAGAACAUACCUAAUAUGUCUGUUGUACUCAUGGAAGCCAAUGUAACACUGAUUGACAGUAAGCAGUGUCCUACUAACAACGUGUACUGCUCUAAGGGAGUAACUGGACCUGGUAAGGGAGACUCUGGAGGUCCACUGGUCUGUGGAGAUAGGAAGGCGUACGGUGUGGUGUCCCAUGACUUUCGACCAGAAUCAGGUGGCCCGGUAAUCCAUUGUUUCGCUAAGAUUCCUGAUUACAGAAGCUGGAUCCAAUUGACCAUGACAAAUGCAUGAACAAGCUUUGAAAUGAUCAAAUCACAAGAUUUGAAUUUACUGUUUGUAUAACACUGGAGAGCUGAUAAUUGAGAUGCUAAUAUCACAACCUAUUCCAUAGCCAUGACACUGUCAGACCAAAGAACUUGCUUGCUUUACACAGAUUUAUUUAAAAUGUGCUUUACUUUGACGUUACCACAUUAUACAAAUUACAUUUCUGUAUGAGAAGUGAAAAUAUAUUAAUGUGAUUUGUUUCAUUUAAAUGACAUGUUUUAGAUUUUUAUGGUACAGUUAUUUUCUUCUGUUGCAGGGGGCUAGCAACUGACAAUAAAAAAAAUGGUGAAUAAACUUCAGAAUAUAAGCAAAUUUAAACCAAGCACAUGCAGGUAUUUUUAUUACUAGACUUUAACAAACAUGGCACACAAAUUAAGUAUGUCUUAUCCAAUCUGAAAAACAAGAGUAGACUCAAUGAUGAUUGAUGUAAUUAAAUAUUUUAGUAAUACAUAUCUUAAAAUAUUAGACCCUGUCAUCCUGCUCUUAAAUACAACAUUAUCUACAUUAUUACUGCUUUGUGCAUCUUCUUUUUGAACACAGGAUCUGAUCAGUUUUGUGUACCGUCUUUUUAAACAAUAAACUGUUGUUCUCUCAGUGCCACUAUA